CUCAUUGUGCCCCCCCCCCUUUGUGCCCCCCCAGUUCUGGGCCCGGUGGAGGCAGCCCCCGAGUACCGGGUCAUCGUGGACGCCAACAACCUCACAGUGGAGAUCGAGAACGAGCUCAACAUCAUCCACAAGUUCAUCCGGGACAAGUACUCCAAGCGCUUCCCAGAGCUGGAAUCCCUGGUUCCCAACGCCCUGGAUUACAUCCGCACCGUGAAGGAGCUGGGGAACAGCCUGGACAAGUGCAAGAACAACGAGAACGUGCAGCAGAUCCUGACCAACGCCACCAUCAUGGUGGUGAGCGUGACCGCCUCCACCACCCAGGGGCAGCAGCUCUCGGAGCAGGAACUGGCCUGCAUUGAGGAAGCCUGCGACCUGGCGUUGGGGCUGAGCCAGGCCAAGCUCCGCAUCUACGAGUACGUGGAGUCGCGGAUGUCCUUCAUCGCCCCCAACCUCAGCCUCAUCGUGGGCGCCUCCACGGCCGCCAAAGUCAUGGGUGUUGCCGGGGGCCUGACUCCCCUCUCCAAGCUCCCCGCCUGCAACGUUCUGCUCCUGGGGGCCCAGCGCCGCUCCCUCUCCGGCUUCUCCAGCACCGCGGCCCUGCCCCACACCGGCUUCGUCUUCCACAGCGACAUCGUCCAAUCGCUGCCCCCGGACCUGCGCAGGAAGGCGGCUCGGCUCGUGGCGGCCAAGUGCACGCUGGCAGCAAGGGUGGACAGCUUCCAUGAGAGCCCCGACGGCAAGGUGGGUUACGAGCUCAAGGAGGAGAUGGAGCGCAAGUUCGACAAGUGGCAGGAGCCGCCCCCGGUCAAGCAGGUGAAGCCGCUGCCGGCCCCGCUCGACGGCCAGAGGAAGAAGAGGGGCGGGCGCAGGUACCGGAAGAUGAAGGAGCGUCUGGGGCUGACGGAGAUCCGGAAGCAGGCCAAUAGGAUGAGCUUUGGGGAGAUCGAGGAGGACGCGUACCAGGAGGACCUGGGCUUCAGCCUGGGUCACCUGGGCAAGGCCGGGAGCGGGCGCGUGCGGCAGACCCAGGUCAACGAGGCCACCAAGGCGCGCAUCUCCAAGACCCUGCAGCGCACGCUGCAGCGCCAGAGCCUGGUCUAUGGGGGCAAAUCGACCAUCAGGGACCGGGCGUCGGGCACGGCCUCCAGCGUGGCCUUCACCCCACUGCAG